CUCCACUUGGCUUGCUUGUAAAUUGUUAUUACGGUCUUUAGUUGAUGGUUUAGUGUUUUCUUUGUUAUGAAAGAUUGAUAUGAAUAUGCGUGGAAUAUCUUUACACUGGUUUAUCUUCUUGCAAGUCACACUCAUAGGACAAUUAACAUGUGCAAACAUUCUGGAUGUGACAUGCAUCAACUUCAACCCCAUCUACGAUACCAGCUCCUCAGCAUCAUACGCCGCCAUCUUGAAUGGGGCUGACGUCACAAGCAUGGUGUCCUUCCAGAGGUCGGUGGACUUGGAUACAGGGGACAGGCAGUCAACCUGGUGUUCGCUGGGUGAUGAUGAAGGAGCAUGCGGGUUGCCUCAAGGAUCGACGAUUGACGUAUCAGGAAGAGUUACUUUCCAAAAUACAGAUCAAGAUAAAUUUGGUGUUUACGGAUGCCGAGCGGAGAGAUACAACUGGACUACUGAGACGUCCACUAUUUUCAUCAGAAAUGAUGCUCAUUUCACUCCUGAUUACUUCACGGUGACAGUGAGUCUCGAUGAAGAGGUUCGUCUGGUAAUGACUCCUGGAUCAUCUAGUGGAACUGGUUCACUAGAAUGGAUAUUAAAUCACGAAGAUGCUUGUCUUGAUAACCUAUGGGGACCUGGCUGUCAGUAUACAUGUCCUACAUGCUACAAUGGAGGAGUCUGUGAUGAUGUGAGUGGACGCUGUGUGUGUCCACCUGGCUUCAGUGGUGACCACUGCCAAAUUGGUAAGUGA